AUGCAAUUUCCAGCACAACUCCUCUCGCUGCCAGGCGAGCUUCGCAAUCAGAUCGACCGCGACUAUCUUUGCGACGACAACGAAGAUGGAUAUGUUAACGACUUUGAAGCCGGCAAGUUGAGAAAGGCAAGCAAUCAGCCGAUCGAGCUCGAUUUGAUAGCUGCACGUUGGGCUUAUUUUGUCUCGCGAUUCAGAAGCCAUGUCGGUUGGUACAAGGUGACCCAGAUUGUGCCCGCAGAGGUGGUCCAAGAAGUAGUUGGUUCACAAUCCUUUAUCCAUGCCAUCUUCUGCCAUUACAAAAACAGCAGUCUUCCGAGCUUUGAUAGGGUGGCCAAAGCUGUCACUGAACCUGCCUGUCGCGCCGAUGUUGGCACGCCGACCGAACAUGAAAACUCGAAUAUGACACGAGACGAUGGGAUAGGCGGCCUGGCUGCCUAUCUUGACAUUAUAAAGGAACCGUGGAGAAUUCCAACCGACGACGAGCUUGAUAGGAUCGGUGCCCGUCUACCCAUACGCAAACGAGAGGCUUCAGCAGCUCUCAGAGAUAUGUGGCGGGACCACCCUGGCAGGUUCAGAUUUUCUGCAGCAGCCGCAGCAAUUUGUUUCCUGAAUUCCCUCCCUACCACCACAAGAAAGCAUAUACGCCGGAUUCAUCUUGACGAGGACAGAGUAUCGGUUUCCCAUCCCGAGUGCCCUAUACGCGGUCGUUUGCCUUUUUACCUGGAAAAUGCAGGACUCAUGAUAGAGCGACGUGCUAGUCUUUGGAAUAAUCUCUUCCAAGCAAGAGCUUGGGGCGAGGCUAGCGGGCAAUUUCUAGAUCCUUUCAGCGGGUUCACGGUUGGCCUGCUCAACUGGGCGCGACGGACCAUGAUGCCUUGCCAGCGAACCAUGUCACGAGGCAAGUAG